AUGGUAUCCCUCCUUACUGGCCUCCUCUUAUUCUUUGCGUAUAGAGCUUCAUCUACUGCUCCGACGCCGUACUCGAGACAGCCGAGGAACCCCCUCGUUGUGAGACUGCCGAAAUAUGGGACAUUCCAUGGCACCCAGAUACUUACGACUCUCAAUAGCAUCCCUCUGGAUGAAGCCGUGGAUGCCUGGCUUGGUAUCGAUUAUGCCACACAGCCUGUGGGUGAGAGUAGGUUUGCACCCGUAACAUGGCCGCCGCCGUUCCAGGGGAUCUGGGAUUCAUCGCAGUACGGCCCUGUUUGCAUACAGAACCCUACCGGCACGCCGAAUGCACAGUCUGAGGCCUGCCUGAACCUCAAUGUCUACCGCACGACUAGUGUGCCACUCUCCAAGAAACUUCCUGUUCUAGCUUGGAUCCAUGGAGGUUCCUUUGUUGGCGGUAGUGGGCGAAGUUUCGACGGCGCGGCUUUCGUGGCGGCGUCAAGCGUUCCUAUCAUGGCCGUCACAUUUCAGUACCGCCUUGGAGCUUUGGGUUCUUUACCAUCGGCGCUAUUUGAAGAAGCGGGGAUCUUGAACCUCGGGCUACAAGAUCAAAGAAUGUUUCUGGAGUUCAUAAAGUACUACAUAUCUCAGUUUGGCGGAGAUCCUGAUGCAAUUACUCUGGGAGGCCAGAGUGCAGGAGGCCAUUCUGUGGGCAUACACUACUUCCACAACUAUGGAGCAGAUGCCGGCAAGCCAUUAUUUUCCCAGGUCAUCUUGUCCUCCGGGUCCCCGACAGCACGAGCGUUCCCAAAUGCCACGUAUCCGCUUUACCGGCGCCAGUUUUCACAGUUCAUGGCAGCGCUCAAUUGCCCCGAAUCUCCGAACGAUACCGCUUUAGCUUGUCUCCGAGCCGUUGACAUCAGUCUCAUUCAGUCCGCUCAGGCAAGGUUGUAUUCCUCAUCCGAGUACAACAUCACCUGGCCCUUCCAACCCGUUUCCCCUGGCCCUACAUUCGAAAAGCGUGCCUCCCAAUCUGGCGAGGAUGGCACAUUCUUCCCUCUGCCCCUCCUCAUCUCCAGCACGACAGACGAGGGGAAAGGGUUCACACCAAGAAACCUCACCACAAAUUCCGACUACCUUCACUUCCUUGCAAACCUCGCUCCAGGGCUUACCCAACCCGAUCUUGAAGACCUGAACAGACUGUACCCUGAUCCUGCACUCGGUCCAGGCCUAUCCCCAUACACCAAAUCCCUCAACUCAACGCAAUACAACCGCAUCAGCGCUACAUACGGCGAUUAUUCGUACAUCUGCCCCAUCCAAGAAUCUGCCUACCGCAUUUCAUCCGCCGGACUCUCCGUCUACAAAGCUCGGUUCAAUACCCCGAACAACGCGAAACCAUGGCAAGGCAUCCCGCAUGCCAGCGAUUCGAAAUACUUCAAUGGGCUCCCAGAUGCCCAGUUCCCUGAUGUUGCUGAAUUGUAUCACUCAUAUUAUGUGAGUUUUGUGGCGACGGGAGAUCCGAAUACCCAUGCCAUUGAGGGCGCGCCGUAUUGGGAGGCGUAUGGGGGGCUGGGGGGUGGGGAGUUGGUAAUUGGGAAUAUGGGGAGGAGAGGGACGUAUAUGGAGAGGGAGAGGGAGGGGAUAAGAAUGGAGCAGUGUGCUUGGUGGAGAGAUCCGGAGAGGAUGGCGAGGUUAAAUAAAUGA